UUAAAGAUCAGGUAAAAUAAGAUUACCAUUACCAUGAUAUCCCCUUAAGCCCAAAACAAUGACAAACAAACAAAUCGUUUAAAAAACACAUUCAACUUGGAUUUGGUUUAUUAUGGUUUAUUCAGAUUGAACGACGUCGAAUGAUUUACAUUCGGGGAAAAAUAGACAAAAACAAAUAGAUCAUAUAUAUACAAAAGGAAAUCGAUAUUUAUCAGGAUUUAAUCAUAUUUAAGAAAGAAAUGUGAGGAUCCUUUGUGUUAUACUUACCAUAAACAUCUUAUAUUGUCAAAGCCAUCCUCUUAAUUAAAAUGUCAAAAGAAAUGUUUAAAUUAAGUAUUACUUGAUAUUUUCCACGGUGAACCGUCGAUUGGAUAUUCAUCUGGUUUGUGUCGCCACACAGUUCAUGUGGAAUAUUAUACUGGGAUGUAAAAAAACCAAAUUUAGCACACUGGCGAAAAAGACAGCCAGCCCAUACCAGUAUCAAACACCCUUUUCAAGAUCUAAUACAAUUCAAAAGACGGCCUCGAAAGGAAAAACUAUACGAGCCGACUAAUGGUGCGGCUUAAUGUCGAAAUUUGACGAGGAUCCAUUCCAGCUGUCCAGCGCGCAGAUGAAGGCGCGUGGGGAUAUGAGCUUUACGCACACGUACGCAACAAAGAAACUAAACGAGCACAUACCCAGUGGACUCUGUGCUUCUGUUUUUUCCCUUCUAAGCUUUAAGCUGUAGCUUAGAAACAGCUUACGAGCGCAGAAUACAAAAAUAAAGAGGAUUUCCUUAAACACACGAGUGCCUCGAAAUGGCCUCGUGACCCGCUUCGGAGCUGAGCUGGACGGCAGGAAACAGUGUGGUCGACACGUCCUCAUUCUGGAAUAUUCUGACACCAUUUCUGCUUGUGACUAUAAAAGAUCAACACAAAAUCAACUCACACAAGCCACCACGAAACAUAAAAGCGACAUAAAGAUCCUUGACGAUUCUUGCGCAAUCAUUAUUUUUACUCGCUGGUAAAUAGGACCUGGCGUCGCCCCAAGCGCACAGAGGGAAGCAUACAGUAAAAGAUACAAAAGGCAAUGACCUGAUGAUGAGAUGUUUGUGUAAUAGUAUAUUCCAUACACAUUCAGGCUGAUUUAAAUAUGCAAAAUGACAUUGCCAUAAACUGUGCAAAACACGACAAUUUGCACACCACAUACCGGCAACGGUGUUAUCUAUUCACCAGAAGAUCUGAGACACCUUUAACUCCCCACAAAACCCAAGUGUUCCUUAGUGCGCAAUCCUGCUUCUAUUUUAUCCUGCGUGCUUCACGUCAAAUGAUCCCCUGAAAAGCUGACGAAUAAACUGCAGCGAAUGUUCUCGAAAGGGGGAAGACCGAGAACAGAGGAUUGUAUAGUCCUGUUGUGCUUGAUGAUUGAAAUACCACACAGUGUUCAGAGCCUUUCUCCGACCUUAAAUGGUUAGGUGGGUGCAGUCGUAUCCCGGACCCGUGGCAUUCGUCCAAACACUCAAAUUACAGCUGCGUUUUCGUGCCACAGGGUUUCCACCGCUUGGCGCAGCGGGGACGUCGGGGUUUUUAUACGCAGACGAUUUUACUGCUCAGAUAAGCGAGUUUUAUGCAAUAUCCUUCCUUCUCAAACAUAAACCAUUCUGCGUUCUAGUCGGUUUGGUUGUGAACGCCACUGCAGCAUGUCAAAGGCUGAAUCAUUUGUUAAAGCGACCAACAACCUCGCCCAUACAUGGCGCAGCAGCCGUCCUCACCACAAUGAUGUCCUUUGUGUGAAGAAGCCAUUUUGAAAAAGAGAACAGCAGAGAAGCCAUUAAACUACACAGGCUAAUUCUGAGGUCGCUUUGGACAUGGUGCAGCGAAGUGAGGUGUCUAGAAUAUUCAUUUUACACCUUUAUCUAUUUUGCUUACAAUUAUAAAUGAAUCCCCACAACAACAUAAAAAGCAGAUCAGCAUUUUAAGUUUUAAAUUGAUUUUAUAAUUGAUUUAAUGUUACCUGUUAAAAACAGUGCUCCCAAGUCUGUCUAAAAACACAGAAGGUCCUAAAACUAUUACCUUCGGAAUGAAAAGGUGUGGAGGGUAUUUUCUCUCCUCUGAAAGAUGAAGAGCGAAUGAUUUUCUCUUGUCAUCCUGUCUUCAGGAAGAGAAAGAGAGGGGGAUUGUUUGCAUAUUGCAAUAUUUAAAAGUGGCUCAAGAUUUUCAGGAGGUGCACUCGUUAGAGAUUGCGCAGUUAGUUGUGUGAAAUGGAGAAUUCUUUUGAAAAGCCAUGCCAGACAUGGUUAUUGUUGUUUUCUUUCUUUUAGGCGUCGCAACCCAACCCCCUUCUUUAAAACCAGUGUGAAAGGAUCCGACGAUGGGAAUCAAAAUGUUCCUCUUUCUUCACCGUAUAGGCCUGAUAAAAUUAUUGCAACAAAUGUUAAGGUUUGGCGAACGGAAUGGACAACAGCCAUCCUGUCUGCAAUUCGGGAGAGAAACGAAGUCACCAUUGGAGAAGUUAUAAGUUGAUUAUUGACCCGGCGUUGAAAAAGGGAUCGCACAAACUCUAUCGCUACGAUGGGAAUACCUUCAGCGUGCCGAACCCCGGAAUGUCUCCAGUUGACAUGGUUAGAGACCCGAGAAUCGGACGUCUCUGGACGAAGUACAAGGAGACUGAUCUCCCGGUUCCUAAAUUUAAGAUCGACGAAUGUUACAUCGGUCGCGUGCCCCCGAAGGAGAUCACGUUCGCCAGACUGAACGACAACGUCAGAGAGGGAUUCAUCACAGACAUGUGCAAGAAGUUCGGCGACAUCGAACAGGUGGAGAUUUUGUACAACCCGAAGAACAAAAAACAUCUCGGAAUAGCUAAAGUCGUGUUUGGAACUGUCAAGUCGGCGAAAGAUGCCGUACAGAAUCUUCACAACACGUCUGUUAUGGGCAACAUCAUCCACGUGGAGCUGGACCCUAAAGGUGAAAAUCGCCAGAGGUAUUUCCAGCGUCUGAUCAAUGGAAGUUAUACUCCACUCACACUUCCAGUUGGCGGUGAAGAGGCUUGUGAAGUUUCUCCACGCAGCCUGGCUGAAGCCCUGCUGGCAUGCGAGCCGUUGCGUAGACUAUCUGAAGGAGGGUCUUCUGCGGUCACAGGUCCUACUACACCAGGCAGCACUAACACGCCCGUGUCCCUUGACACAGCCUAUUCCAGCCUAAGGCAGGACACACCACAGUCCCAGGGUACCCCACACACCCCGCGCCAGUCGGGCACCCCGUUCUCUCAGGACUCAAGCUACUCCAGCAGGCAGGGAACUCCUGCGUUCCAACCUAACCGUUCUGAAUCCUCGGGAGGCUACAAGACGAGGAGGCAUGACACCAAAUUCCAGGACGCCUACAAUCGCAGACCGGAGAGGCACUACGUCCACGGCACCGGAGGUGCUCACCGUGUCAACGUGGAGCCCCAGCAGCCCAGUUUUAAGCAGCAUCAGCCGCCCGAGCCGCCCGCCCCUGCGUUCGCGCACACGCCGCCAGGGAACGCAAACUUCAAGACUGCAUUCUCUCCUUAUCAACCUCCGAUGCCCCCUGUGUAUCCCCAACCAGAGCCCCCCUUCCACCAGCCCGUUCAGCGGGAGGUGGAUUACAGAAGACCCCCACACAUCCCUCCUCCUCCGAGCACUGACUUUAUGCCCGUCCGAGACAGACCUGUGACGCCGCCGAUCCCCGAACCGCCCCCCGCACCAGAGUCCCAUCCGGCCACGCCUCCCCCUUCAACGCCUGAGCCCUGCCCUUCGGUUGGCACCCCGACCCAGGAGUCAGAGCGUAAUAGCCUGGACUCCCGCAUAGAAAUGCUCUUGAAGCCAUUCCUUAACGAGCGUGGCGACUCGGACAAUGAGGUGCGCAUGGACGGGAGCCCGAUUUCUUCGUCGUCCUCGCAGCUGUCACCCAUUCCCCCUCAGCGGUCCUCACGGCCUUCGAGCACCGGCCUGGAAGACAUCAGCCCGACUCCGCUGCCGGACUCUGAUGAUGAUGACGAUGAUCCUAUCCCUGGUACUGCUUCCCUCCUGAAGAACUCGAGGGCCAUGUCGCCCUCCGAAGAGCACAAUAAGAGCGCUUCGGGACAGACACCCACAGACAGAAUGGACACGUGUCAUCAGUCCUCCGGUGAAGACAUGGAGAUAUCUGACGAUGAGAUGCCUGGCACACCGACCGGCAGCGGCGACAAAAGCAUUGUGGUCAACUCUGCAGUGUCUCCAAUGCAGACCAUUACUAUGGCCCCACCAGGGUUUCCUCCUCUGCCCCCUCCCCAGGCUGGUUUCCCCCUGCCGCUGCCUCCCCUUCCGCCCCACUCAACCGUUCCAGGUCCCCCACAUCCCCACCUGGCUGCCCAUCCGAUGCUGCACCCAUUGCAUCCCUUUCCCCCUGGCAUGAUGCCUAUGAUGCAGAUGGACCUUAUGAGCGCCAUGCCACAGUGGGGUAGCGUGCACAUGUCCUUCCAGAUGCAGACCCAGAUGUUAAGUCGCAUGGCUCAAAGUCAGCGACCGUAUCCAUACCCUCAUUACAUGGGCGGGGCUGCAGGUGCCGCAGCUGCUGUGUUGCAGUUUGGUGGUCCGUAUCAUCCUCAUUCAAUCGUUGGCGCCCCCGCUGGAACUGUUGGGCAUGGGCAACCCUGGCCCUUACCUAACAUGCCCAAGUUUAACCCUGCUGUACCCCCGCCCGGCUAUGAACCUCAGAAGGAAGACCCGCACAAAGCCACUGUGGACGCUGUGCUUUUGGUUGUCAUGAAGGAACUAAAGUCCAUCAUGAAACGAGAUCUCAACCGCAAGAUGGUGGAGGUCGUGGCCUUCAGGGCGUUUGAUGAGUGGUGGGACAAACAGGAACUUUCUGCGAAGGCUACAUCUACACCUGUGAAGACAGGCGAGGCUAAAGAAGAGGAAAAGGAACGUGCCAAACCCAAAGAGACUAUAUCCUCGUGCUUGCUUGAAAACUGGAACAAGGUUGAGAGUCUGGGCUUCGAGGGAAUGGGUCUCGGCAUCGGCUUGCGUGGUGCUAUCAGGCUGCCAUCUUUCAAGGUUAAGAGGAAACAGCCCCCUGAACCAACAUCUACCAGUGACAACAAAAGGGUGCGACCAUCCACACCUGUGGAUGAUGAGCUGGAAGAUGAAGAGUCCGAAAGAACAGAUCUUCACCCGGACGGAACCAGGCCGGAUAGUGCUGCCGCCUCUGCUAAGCGAAGGCCAGCCAGACCUCUGGAGCUAGACAGUGAAGGUGAGGAGCAGGAGGAAACCUCUGGCAAAGAAGAGUCACUUUCAGAACGUGAAGAGGAGCCAGAGGAAGACAUCUCUGAGAGGUUAUCUCCUGCCAAGGAUAUGGUGGAAGAAGACGACGUUGAAAACAAGAGUGAAUCAGAAUCCAGUGAAAGUGACUCAUCGGACUCAUCAGAUGACGAAUCUUCAAGCUUGUCGUCCUCCAAAUCUGAUUCAGAUUCCUCCGAGAGUGAUAGCUCGUCCGUCUAUGAAUCAAGUUCAGAGAAGGAGGAAGAAGAAGAAGAGGAGGAAGAAGAAGAGAGAGCAGUUGGAAUCGAUGAUGAAGCGCAAACCUCAUCGUCGUCAUCAUCUUCCUCACCCUCGUCUUCUAUUGAAGAGGAGGAUGUCAAAUCUCCCUGUACCACCAUAGAACCACCACCAGAGGAAGAGGCAGAGUUGAGUAAAAUAGAGGCGUUAGAAGAGUCUGAGAUCGGUCACAAACACGCAAUGGUAAACUCGAGUAAAGUUGGUCUUGAAAGCCUUCGACCCCCAUCGCCCAAAGAACUGCCAGUUGAGGAACCUGAUAUUGACUUAGACGUCAGUGUUUCUGUAUCCAGAGCGAACCUGGAGGAUGUCUGUAGUUUGCGACCGGCCACCCCAACAGGUGCGUUUGCUGACAGCGAUCAGGGCAGUAAACCAAAGAUCCCCGUAGAAGAAGAAAUCCCCCGAACCCCUGGUCGCGACGGCCCGCUUCCUCUAGAUUCCGAAGCCCCAAUCCCUCUUCCUCUUUCUGCUACUUCCAUGCACCUUCCUCUUCCCCCCAACCACGCCCUCGAAGUACGCCUCCUGCAGGCCCCUGAGACUUUGCCAGAUAUGCCAGUUCGCGGGCGCUUGCCUACAGAGGAGGACAUCCCGCGUACGCCAGGGAGAGACCUCAUGGACCGACCUCGAGGUUUGGGCAAGUCUCAAAGCAUAGAUACUGUUCCAGUGACACCAGGCAGUGACACCCCGCUAACAGGUAACAGCUUGUGCUCCCCGCACAUUCCCAGCAGCCCAUUCUCUUACCCCGCCCAAUCCCCUGUUCUCAGUGCCGGUCUACCUCGGACUCCGGGACGGGAACUUACUUUUACUCCAGCUUUUCCUGACUCUGCUGCUUUGGUUACGGGCCUUCCCAUUCACAGAAAGACCUCUUCUGAAAGCUUGGAGGAGAAGUCUCUUUUCAAAGAGCCUCUCCUCAGCGCCUCUCCGCAGGCUAGCCUACCUAACAAUGCCGCUUCCUCUCCUUUCCCUGGUGCUCCCCUUCCUGCUGCUUCCCUUCAGGAGCUGGCUCUGCCUCCCCGAGGCUCCUCUCCUACUUCUCUCGACGCUUCCUCCGCCACUGUUCCCAAAGACCUACCUGUUCCAUUGAUAGAUCUUCCUGUACCCUUAGAUGCAACACAGCCCAAGAGGAAACCAGGACGUCCAAAGUCUAAAAAGGUGCCCUUGGUUUCUCCACACGACGAUCAAGAGCCUCCCGCUGCGAUCAUGGCCUCCUUACCUCCAGACUUUCCGGCUACGGGUCGCUCUCCAGAGACCUUCAAGGAAGAAGAUAGCGACUCCACAGCCAUGGAGGACAAAGAAAACCAACCUCAGUCAGUCAUACCCGAGGUGGACGAUAAGCUCUUCUACGUGGAGGAACCCAUUCAGAAGACACGUAGGCAGAGGCGUGGCUGGGAGGAGCUGUUGCGCUCCAUGCACGUCCCUGUGACCUCGCCAGCUCGGCUCAGCUUCCAGCCUCGCUCAGAUUUUGAGGAGAUGACCAUCUUGUAUGACAUAUGGAAUGAUGGCAUCGAUGAGGAGGACAUGCGCUACCUUAAGGUCACCUACGACGAGAUGCUUCAGCAAGACAAUGGCAACGACUGGCUCAACGACACUCUCUGGGUUCAGCAUCCUCCUACCAACAUGGGCAUCGUAUCGGGGGCGAAACGGAAACGGAAAGAGGACGGCAUGCGGGACCACGUCACUGGCUGCGCUCGCAGCGAGGGCUACUACAAGAUCAGCAAGAAAGACAAAAUGAAAUAUCUAAACAGCUCACGCUUGCAGUCGGAAGAGCCUGACAUGGACACUCAGGGGAAAAGUAUUCCAGCACAGCCCCAAGCGUCUUCUAGGGCAGGUUCAGAACGAAGAUCGGAGCAGCGACGGCUGCUGUCGUCCUUUAGCUGUGACAGUGAUCUCCUCAAGUUCAAUCAGCUCAAGUUCCGUAAAAAGAAGAUCCGGUUCUGUAGAAGUCACAUCCACGACUGGGGUUUGUUCGCCAUGGAACCCAUCGCUGCUGACGAGAUGGUUAUCGAAUAUGUCGGCCAGAACAUUCGACAGGUUAUUGCAGACAUGCGAGAGAAGCGCUACGAGGAAGAAGGCAUCGGCAGUAGCUACAUGUUCCGUGUGGAUCACGACACGAUUAUAGAUGCCACCAAAUGUGGCAAUUUCGCCCGCUUCAUCAAUCACAGUUGCAAUCCAAACUGUUAUGCCAAGGUCAUCAGUGUGGAUUUGCAGAAAAAGAUCGUCAUCUACUCCCGGCAGCCAAUAAAUGUUAAUGAGGAAAUCACCUACGACUACAAGUUCCCUAUCGAGGACGAGAAGAUUCCUUGCCUGUGCGGUGCAGAGAACUGCAGAGGAACCUUAAAUUAACCGUGGUCGGUAGGAACCUUCUUGAAACAUGCACUGCCCGACAAGCCCAGACGCCCUGUCUUCUGGAGACACCAUGCCAUAACCGCAGGGAGCUACAGAGGAACCGGUGGGCGAACCGACACGUCCACUGGAUAUAAUGUGCAGCUAAGUGUCUGGGACUUCUUUUUGUACUUUCACGAAUGUUUACGAUUUAAAGGUGCUCUUUUAAGCAUACGAGAUGAGUUUUCUACCACUUUCCGUCGACCUCCGUCGGACCUAUUUUUCCCUAAAUUGUUUGGGUUUGUCUAGUGCCCGUUUGGCAAGGUUUGUCUUUCCCUUGGAGCGCCCGGUUUUCAUCAGCCCCUUUUCCCUCAGCGGUUUGGUCAUGGAGAGACCUGCCCAUGCCCGAACAUUUCAAGCUGAGCAUAUCGUUCCCACAAUCAUGUGUUGAUUCAUUUAGGUUAAAAAGGAAAUUUAAGCUGACGUGGGUUUUCACAACAUAAUGCAAAAAAUGUGAAACCAAGAAAGACUGUAAAGUGCCCGGAAAAGGUUUAGUAUUCUUUGACACUAAGCGAUGAUGGAAACUGGGUAAAUUACCUUCAGUUUGUGGAACGUUCGACAAAAGCACACCUGCGUCGGCCUUGAAACAAAUGAGCAGAACAGGUCCACAGCUCAGGCAAAUUUACACAAAGCGAAUCGCACCCUCUAUUUAACUUGAGCCAGCGACGCUAACAUGACCUAAGGACCGGGCCAUUUUAUAAAAGGUCAAAAGCAAGUCAAACAAUACACUACACUUGUUCUUUCAUUUUAUCAGACAAUCUUCUAACAUCACUGUGGAAAUGUAAGUGCGUGUGCUGCCCCCUACUGUCUGUGACAUGUAAAGACUGAAAACGCUGCUGACCUCUCAGAAGCUGUAUGGCUUAGUAUUAAUUCUGCUUCUUGUCCCGCCGCAUCGGCUCACUUUUUAAAGUCAAGACAACAGUUUGCACUUGGCAGAUAAACAUGUGGAGGUCCAAUUGGCUUCACACACAUCCAGUCACUUGUGGUUGAGAAAUUCUUGACGAUGUAGACGGAACAAUGCUGCUAUUCUGUGAUACUGCAAACACACGGCUUUCUCCACCUGUUCACUUUAAAAAUGCAAAUCCACCUGCACUUGUUUCAGGUCUUGUUUCGAUUGGUGGUUUUUAAAGUGUUAAGAGUGAUCUAUGUGUGCGGUGAUGGUGAAUUCAGAGAGAACCUCACGCUUUUAAUGAUAUGUCCAUGAAUGAAUCGAAGAGAGAACUUAAGGUGAAUAAUAAUAUAUAAUCUAUCCGAUCUUGUAUGACCAGUGUUGAGGAUAUCAGGCCCUGAAAGUAUUAGGUCUCAGACCUGCUCUGCUCCAAGUCAACUUGAAGUUGUGUGGUACGAAACAAGCAGUCGUAUACAGUGCCAAAUAUGUACUCGAGGACCUUUAAGUGUCGCGGCUCCAAGGGCGAACAUGUUUUCCACUUUUCUCCUGUGUGUGUGUAUCUAUAAAUGAACUGAUAGUAGAAUCUGUUCCCCUGGUACGUGUUGAUGUCACUUCUGCUCAGUAUUUAACAUUCAAAAUGUGUUCAAAGAUUUUUCACAGCUCGGCCAAAUUUCCCCUCCGAAAACAGGAUUUGUCAUCUGCGAGACAGCACUGGUUCACUGUGUUUUUUUCUCUCCUGAUUUGGUUGUUUAGACAUGCACUAGAGGCCGCCACCCCCCAGUCUAACCCAGCUAUAAAUCUCCUCCUUUACAUUCGAGCGCUCAGUGCGUAAGGUCUCCUGAUUUUUGUUUUAAAUAUGUUUAUACUGUACAGCAUAUGGUCAUUUGUAAAAAGAAAUGAGGCUUUUUUUAUCUCGACGGGGAGUGACGAUGCAUCGUUCUGCUUUUAUGAGCGACAGGUGGAGUAUUUAAAAUGACUGUUUUUCAGGGAUCAUUCUACGAAAAAAGAUAAUUUAAGGAAAGAGAUGCAUCUUGUACAUAAAACAGAUUUGUACUUCCUUUUGAAAGAUUGUUUCUUGUGGAAACGUCUUUUUUUUCUGCCCGUUUUCCUUUGGAUUCUCACGUGUAAAUACUUUAACUGUGAAUAUAUAAAUAUAAAUAUAUAUAUAUUUUUGUUCCUGAGGAUUUGAUACAGUGUCAGGGCUCAGAAUGGUCUAUCUGACAUUGAGCACAGAGAGCUGGAGGCAGUAUGUUCAGCUUGCGUCAAGCUUUACUCUUUAUUUUUGGUUGUAAAUUCUAUGAAAAUCUGUUUGCAGUGUGUUGGGGGGAAGCAUUAUCAUUCAGAAAUGGCAGGGGACACGGCUCCUGUCUAUUUAUUAUACCACAAAUGUAUGGAAAAAAAGAUCAUGGAAAAAAUAAAGGAUUUUUUUUCAA